AAUGAUGACGUGAACUGUUCAAUGAGGCGUGACACCCGAAUCUAUCGAUGUAUAGUAUAUACUAUUGUUGUCAAAUAUUCUACACCUACACGAAUAGGAACUGCUAUAAUCUGUGUCAUAUAUCGACUAUUACUAUUACUUAGCCCGGUGUAUCUUACAGGCAGGCCUGGGAUAUCAAUUUAGAACUGUUAAUUGCGUUGCCAAUAUGUGAAAAUUUUCUGUUAUCAUCGUGUGUGCUGUGCGUAAACUGCGCCUGUGAUAGAACCAUGGAGCUAUCGUGUUAAUAGCUCCAUAGAACAACUCACAUUUAGAGAGUGCAAACAUGAUCAAUAUUAAAUCUCGAAGCCAAGACACAACUCGGCCAUCUUCGUAAUGGGAUUAGGUGAAAGAAGAGGAGGUCGUCGAGCAGGAGGUCAUCGACGACGCGCACAUCAUCGUCAUAACCACCACCGCAAUCGUCACCGUCAUCAUCAUCAUGGUGGUCGUGGGUUUCACGGUGCUCGUCCCGUUCUUAGGUUUGGUUGGAGUCGGAGAGGAGCUGGAGGAGGAGGAGGAGUUGGCGGCGGGUCGGUCGUUCCUAUCUCAGGGGGGCAUUAUGCCCUACUUAUCAUGCUCAUCAUGGCUGCUGCCUUUGGAUUUAUCGUAGGCAUGACUUUAGCCAACAUUGGAGGGUGGGUGUCGACCACCCUUGGGAUAGUAGGCAUGUUCAUUCUCUUCGCUAGUUUCAUCUUCAUCACCAUACUAGUUGUGAUCCGAUGUAACAUGAUGAAAUUACCCCCAGCACCAGCUGAAGGAGAGGUUGAGGCAGGAAACGCCAACAUCACAGUGUCCACUGUGACUAUAGAUGGAAGCACUACAGCUUCACAGAUAGGUGAAACAACAUCAUAUACCUCCCAGGUUAGCGCGUUCCAGCCUGGAGGAGUUGCCAUGGGAAUGCAACCAGGUUACGCAGGAGGACUAGUCCAGCCUCCACCCCCAACACAGAGUUUCACCGUAGCACCAUAUCCACCUGCUCAAAUUGGAGGUGCCCCAUACCCACCCGUUCACCCCGCACCAGCACCCAUCGUGCCUCCGCCACUACAGCCGGUAGUUCCACCACCAGGAACCUAUAACUACCCCGUACAAUCAUUACCUGGUGGUAAUGUGGGCGUGGCCAUUCCUAAUAACCCUGAUGGAAAUAACGACGUGCCUCCGCCAUCCUAUAAUGACGUCAUAAGUGGGAAUGUCAGAUGAGGCAAAAUGGACCUGAUAGUGCAUUAACCCAUUUUUUAUUGAUGCCAACGAUUUUUCCUCUUCAGGCGAUCAAUUUUUUAAACACUUUUUAUGAUCCCAGGAAAGAUGUUUUCUUCCUUUUCCAUUGAUGCCUUUAUUGUUUGUGGCUGAAGUUUGAUACUCUGCAACUGAAACCUUACUUUUAAUGGUAUUUUGUUUUCAAACAAUUUUUUUAUAACGUCCAUUAUGUAAUAAACAUAUUCUAUUUUGUUAUUUAUUCCAUUUGAAUGUUAGUACGUACAUUUAAAAUUGUAAAUAUUAUCAAUUCAUUAGCUUUGCAUGUAACAAUUUACUUUUCUUGAAUGUUUAGGCCUACUCUGUAGGUCGUCUAUUGAAUCACAUCUCCAAAUAAUGGCUGAAAAUAGCCCAUUUCUUCUAGAGAAAACAGUGACAUUUCAAAUCCUCAGAGAAUUAUUGCAGGGCAGAGAACUGUAAUGUUCAAUAUUAACAAAAAUCACUUAGCAAUACAAAUUCAUCGUCUGCUUCUCAACUCAAUUUAGCAACUCUGACAAGCGAACUUUAGAGAUGCCGACUAUCUGCUCUACCAUUAAAACAAUUUUAGUGGAGGUGGCCCCAGCCCCCAGACAUUAUGCAUGCACGUCACUAUUUUUAUGCACUGCAAAAACUCUGGUGUUGAUUUAACACAAGCCCGGAAUCUAUAAAUAUGUCCACACCAGAGAAGUGUUAAAGAACACCGGUGUUGGUAUUAGUCUAACACCAGAUAGGUGUGUGUGUGUAUUUGAGUUUUGUCAGACGUGUAUCAAUCAGAUAUGAUUAUUUACGUCUGGGACCGACCUUUAACGUCACCAUCCGAAAGACGUGACCAGGGCUCGAACCUCUGCAUCAAUUUGUAACUUCCCCACAGCUUGGAUUACAGGCGCACGCCACAACGCCACAACACCAGAUAUUAAAACAGCAUCGGUUUGAUUCCAAACUGGUGUUGUUUCGAUACUUCUUUGGUGUGGACAUAUAUAGAUUCCGAGCUGGUGUUAAAUCAACACCGGAGUUUUUGCAGUGUAGUGUUGCCGAAUUUGCGUUCCAGUGCCGACAACCUGAAGAAAUAAUCUUUCGUGAAGAGGUGUUAAAAUUUCUAUCAUCUUAAAAGGUUUAGUGUUUAUUUGACCGUCUGAUUAUUUGCCAUUACGCGAUUACUAAUCUUUAGAGGAGACUUUCACGAUAUAUGUUCUUAUAAACUCAGAGGAUCCGUGUGGCUAUGUCAUGUCUGUCCUUUGCAAUGCACACAGGCUUAUUAUUUUUUGUACAUACAUGUACUAAAAAUCUAAAGAUUUUCAUUUAUCUAUUCAUCUAUUUAUCUUACAAUUAAAUUUGUUUUUUUACUAUGUUAUAUCGGCAAUAUUUUGAUAAAAUUAUCCACACAUUAUUUAAAUAUUGAUAUAUUGCUCAUUUUAUUAGCUCAAUAUGAGGUAUUAAUUUUCAUUAUUUUGUAUCCCUAUUAAAUUCACUUCAUUAUUCUUAUAUUGAUCGAUCAUUUAAAUGUUUAUUUGGAAAAAAAAACAAUUUCUUUAUUGCUUGAUUUAAAUAUCGAUACAUAUUUAUUGCUGUGAAAAAGGGGCUUUCAUUUUUUAUUUUUGAUAUUUUCCCAAUUUACGUGCCAAUCAAAUUAUUUGUAUACAAGACUAAAUAAGGUCAAACAAAGUCCUAAAUAAGGUCAAACAAAGUCCAUUAACAAUGUUUACUAAUUAUCAUCACGUGGAGUGGUGAGAAUUUAUAAAUGAAGGGGGGGGGGGGCUUUAUUGAAUCUUAUGAGUGUAACAAAGAGAGUAUCGAAGCGUUCUAUCGUGGUCACUUUGUUAAAUCGUUAGUUCUUCUUGAGUAAAUGUUACACAAAGAAAGAAUCCAUGGCAUCAAGAUGAAUGUAGAUGGGAGAAGGGUCCACUCCAUCGUGUGAACACUUUCAGGGGAGCGUUUCAUGAAAGGACUUGUCGGACGAUUUAUCCAACAAGUCCUGUUUUAUCCGACAGUUACCAUAGUAACAUUGCUUUUAAGCCAAUCAAAAUCGAGAUAAGUUGUCAGAUCUGACAACUUGUCGGACAAAAUUGUUGAUGAAACGCUCCCGGGAUAGACUCCUUGAAUAAGUGACACAAAUGGAGUGAGUGUUGCAAGAAAUCUGCAAUUGAUUGCAAGUCAGUUUUAGGUAUCCAAAUCAAUCGAAAGUCUUGCGAUUUAAUUGCAGAUUAGCAAUUGAUCGCUGGUCUGCUCCUUGAUUUGAUUUAAUUAAACUUGUCAUAUCACUUGUAAAUUUGCAACUGAUUGCAAAUAUUUUCUUGCGACACCCCCUUAGACUGUACAUGUAUGUCAGCAUGUCACUUUAUGCAACAUUCUUCAUCCAACCCAGAACGAUUUAUUACAUUAAACAAAUGAAAUUGAAAUGCAUGUAUACGUAUGUUUUUUCAAUCAAUAACAUUGUUUUGAUAUAAAUAUAUAUUGAAAUAUCUUUCACGAUCGUUUUUCAAUAAAUGCGCCUUGAAUUUUAUGAGAAAUGAA